UCCUCUCUGUCGCUCUCUCUCUCUCUUCCCCUUUCUCUCCUCACUCUGUCUCACACAGCUCAGCAUCGCCACUGACACGACUCAUAAAUCCACCCGUUUUAUGCUCCUCAGUCCUUCAGAGCCACUUGGAGGGAGGAUUUGUGUAACAGCUCCAGUUAGAGGUUCAUUCCAAUGAUGGUGAGCAGAUAGAGUGGGGAUUAUUCAGAGUUCAGCGGCGAUGAACAGGAUGAACACGUCGACGUACCAGGAGGAGGAGCUGCUGGGUAACUCCACAUGGACCUUCUCCUACCAACACCACAACAGCACCCCCACCCCACCACUGCUGCAGAACAAGGCCUCCACACUCAAACCCGCAGCCUGUGAGCAGGUCCACAUUGCCGUGGAGGUGUUUCUGAUCCUGGGGAUCAUCUCACUGCUGGAAAACAUCAUGGUCAUCACAGCAAUAGUGAAGAACAAGAACCUCCACUCACCCAUGUACUUUUUUGUCUGCAGCCUGGCUGUGGCAGACAUGCUGGUGAGCGUGUCCAACGCAUGGGAGACCAUCAUCAUUUACCUGCUGAACAACAGGCAGCUGGUGGUGGAGGAGCACUUCAUCAGACAGAUGGACAACGUGUUUGACUCCAUGAUCUGCAUCUCGGUUGUGGCGUCCAUGUGCAGCCUGCUGGCCAUCGCCGUGGACAGGUAUGUCACCAUCUUCUAUGCUCUGAGGUACCACAACAUCAUGACAGUGAGGAGAGCAGGCUGCAUCAUUGGAGGGAUCUGGACCUUCUGCACCGGCUGUGGGAUCGUCUUCAUCAUCUACUCUGAGACUACCCCUGUCAUCAUCUGCCUGGUGUCCAUGUUCUUUGCCAUGCUGCUCAUCAUGGCCUCCCUCUACAGCCACAUGUUCAUGCUGGCCCGCUCGCAUGUCAAGCGGAUCGCCGCGCUGCCAGGCUACAACUCCAUCCACCAGCGCACCAGCAUGAAGGGCGCCAUCACCCUCACCAUCCUCCUGGGCAUUUUCAUCGUCUGCUGGGCCCCCUUCUUCCUGCACCUCAUCCUAAUGAUCUCCUGCCCUCGCAACCUGUACUGCGUGUGCUUCAUGUCCCACUUCAACAUGUACCUCAUCCUCAUCAUGUGCAACGCCGUGAUUGACCCGCUGAUCUACGCCUUCAGGAGUCAGGAGAUGAGGAAGACGUUCAAGGAGAUAAUCUGUUGCUACAGCUUAAGAAACGCCUGCAGCAACCUUUGCUCCCUAACCGGUAAGUUCUGAAAAGAAAAAAUGGAGGGAAAGAACACACACACACAUACACACACAAAAAAACGAAGUUGAAUGAAUAAACUUGAACUGAGACUGAUUCCGAAAAUUCAACGUCCAGCACAUAGAGACUGUGUUUUGUUUUGUUUUGUUUUGUUUUUUGCCACCGGCGUAUUACGGUUUUUAGUUGGGUGUUUGUUUUUCCGCCAACUGUUAAAAAGGACGAGCCAGGAUGGAGCCACAAACAGUGAAGUGUUUCCUAAUGCACUAAUGCACUGCAUCCAAAACACACACAAAGAGGCUGAUUUAUUCAGUACAUUAUCCAAACGCUCUACCAGCCCCAUCCGAAAUCAUGAGUCAUUUAAAAAUGCGUCACAGAAAUCCAACCUUCUUUCAUUCUCCCCUGACAUGUUUAGCUUUUUUUUUGGUUCUCCUCUUCUAAUCAAUGAGAUUACUAUCCUACCCUACAAGACUGUGUCCGACAAGGCAGCCUGACAGAUCUAUUUCACUUCUGUCAAGUGAGCCAUUCAGUCUGAAAGAGAGCUUAGAUAUUCACAGUUAAUUGCCGAUGAUGGUAACCCCGGGCGGACAGUGUUGUUUCCUUGGUAAUUAGGACUAACCCGUGGUGGAACGGCCCGGACAAUGAAGCCGGCAACUCUGACAGGAUCCUGGGAGUUCUCACUGCUGUUACAAUAGGAGGCCAAAACUUUUAGAAAUGUAAUUCAGCACUUUAGGGGAUAAAACAUGAAGUCGCUGUAAUGCAAUGUUGGGAGGGGAGUGGUUACAAUAUGCUUGAAUCAACAGCAUUUUCUUUGCUGUAAUGGUAUUUAAAUGUAAAAAAAUGCAAACACAGUAGUGGGGCAGAGAUGAACAGAAGCAAGUCAUCAGCGUAUAAUGACAGUAUGUGAAAUCCUUCAGCUGACUGAUUCUUCACUGGUCGUAUAGAAGAACUAUUUCAGACAUCAAAGUAUAUAACUAAGUACACUGUAAAGGAAUCCAAGGAGUGACAUCAAGUACAAUAAAAAGAAAAGUUGAAGGAUUUUGAUUGUCAUACCUAGAAAAGAUUAUAUCUAAGCAACAGUUUAAGCAGCCAAUGGUAUUUAUAGAUAUGAAAUGUAGUUGACUGUUCAGAUGUCAGCAAUAUAUAGUUGAAAACUGUCCAUAUCUCUGCGCCGACACUAAGCUCCGUGAAAGCCAAAUAAUUCGUGCUUCUUUCAUUUUCUCAUAUGUAUGUCAUCUAUGUGCAUCAUGAGCUCAUUAAGAGUUCUUUAGCCAAAUUAUUUCCACAUGUGAAAUUCAUCAGAAUCAAGGUGCCACUGCGUCUUGGUCAGGAUGUUUGUCUGCUCUUCAGUGCCAGUCCACACCUCCACUGACAGGGCUAUAGGCUUGUAAUAAACGCAAAUAAUGAAAUGUGUUGUCUCUGUCAGAGAAGCGGUGCUGAGCUUUGCGGAGGAGAAAUGCUUUCUGCUGUCGCUGCAGUAACCCCAGAGCUCAGCUGCUGCCUCUGUAUGAUUUAUGAAGGCAGUUUUUCCCUCAUUAUUUACAAAAGACAAACACUGAAUGCAUCUUCUGCUGAAGAGAAGAACAGAGAAGUGCUAAUUAAAACAAGCCUUACAAUAUGAAUGAUGAAAAAAAAGAAUACAGGAACACAAUGUGCACAUUUUAAAAACAUUACUAACUCACUUUCUAAAGAUUUAGCCUUUCUACAAAUGUUUGUAAGGAAAAACUUCAUCUUUAACCAUGCUUUAAUUAAUGUGGCUAAACAGAAAAUGUAUCGUGAGCAGAUGGAUUACAUAAAUAACAUAAAUUAAUGUCAUUAUAAUAAAACAAUCUUGAGAUUUUUCAUUUAAAAUAUUUCAAAUAAAUGGCCUGGUGUAAAACUUUUGCACAGAAACUUGUGAUCUGAGCAACUAAAGAUACAGAAACAAUAUACACAUGUAUACAUUUUAUUCAUAAGCCAAUGAAUAAAAUGUAUUCCCAUUUAGAAAGGUUGGGUAAUUAAUAGUUAAAUUAAUCAGACGGUGAAUACAACAAAAGUUUGAGAAUAAAAGAUUUCUGACUUGACUUGGACUCCUGAUCUGAAACUUGUCUUUUUCACAUGUAUUAAGAUUUAAUAAACACUGUCAUGACAGGCUACAGUGUUAUAGACUGACGGUUCGCUAACUGUCAAAGAAUGCACUUGAUCGUUAUCAAGUGAUGAUUGUGAGUCACACAGAAUAAAAAUAAUUCAAAACUAAAACAUAAAAGUAUAUUUUCUCAGUGGAAAGGAGGCGAUCAUGCUGUACAGUUCAGUUGUAAAUGUUAAAAGUGAGCUGAGUCACUGUUUGAAGACCAAAUACAUAAUCCCAGUUUUUGAAUAAAUUUAAACUCGUUUUGGCAGGAAAAAAAAAACAAAAAAACAUUUUUGCAUUCUGGAUUCUUACCAACCUACAUUUCAUUGCUUCACUGGAGCCCAUAGAAUUCUGCAGCCAUAAGGGAUGAAACGGUGUGUGCACGUCAUGGUGGAUUGGACGAAGGGAAAGGAUGAUUUGAACUAGUGAUUUUUGCUGCUCAGUUUUCCAGAGCUUUCAGAAUGUAGAAGUCUUUGUGUGGAGACAGGAAGAGUGAUGUUGCAUUAAGAGCAUUGUUACUGUCUUGCACACAAGAAGAGUUCUGCACUGAUUACCAUGCAGUGGGGACAGAGAGCCUUCUGUUCGGCUUUUUUCAGCAUGUUGAAGGUAAAAACCAUCCAAGUAAAUAGCGACUGCCUCCUUUUAGAGGUCUGACAAAGACUUGCUGAUGAAAGCGCUGCCUCCACUAUAGGUGGAAAAGCAUUAUGAUAUCCGGUGCUGUGGAAGACAUACGUGACUAAUAUGUGGAUGAUCAGCAAGGGCUCAAAGUGAAUGAGCAACACCAAAAAAAAGGUAUAAAAAAUAUGAUGAUAAAGCAGCAGGAUGGGGUGACAGACACUCCUCUGACUAAUGGUCCUCACGCUCAAAUCACCUGUUAAAAGCAGACAUGGCAACAAAAACACGCACAACAGGAAUCUACUCUUUCAUUUAUGCUUUCCAAGAUAAUUACAAAACACUGCUUCACUCCUGGGGGUAGCACGUGUAUCCUGCUCUGUCACAUAUUGCCUGACCUUUAGAGGAUCUAUUUAUUUUCUGCUCCGUGUAAACCACAAAAGUGUUUUUUUUUGUAUUGCUAUAGAAACAUCAUGUUUCCAGAUAUUGUUUUGUCCAGUUUUGUCCAAGUAUUCAACAAACAUUCAUGAUUUUUCAGAACUUCCUAAAUGCCAGCUUUAAAAAUUACAUUUUUUCUUUAUAGAAAAAUAAAGGUUCUUUAUUAUUUUUUUUUACCUGCUUGUCCUGUACAUGCAAAUAAGUAAGAGUGUCUCCUGGUGAUAAUAGUUGAGGGUGGGGAAGGCUGAAUCUCAAAAAUCAGCAUGAACAAUGAUUCUGAGCAACUUUAAUUUUCAACACCAAAGUAGAAGGAGUGGCUGGGCAUCAACUACCAAUUCACCAAAUUUGAUUUUUUUUAAAAAUCAUUUGUAAUGGAAACUGAGCAACUGUUGAAUGAUCCAUAGAUUAUAAUUCAUAGAUCGAACAAUUCAUACCACGUAAACAUGUUGUCUAUUUGAUCAACUUCUUGGACACAAACAAAAAGCAAAACUCACCGUCUACCUUUUUUUCAUUUUAUGCCGUUUGUAUUGACAAAUCCAGAGUUGCACAAGUAUAAAGUAAUGACAGCAGCCAUCAUCACGCUGCUGUCAUCAUACAUGACUGCUGUCAUACUGAAUCAGCGCCAUGGUUACCAACCAGCCAGCCUCUUAAAAUCUGCCUCUGCGUGUGAAAGCGCAGCACCGUUUCCUCAGACAAGAGCGCAGAGUUUUCCGUCCUGCUCCGUUCCGUCUCUGUGCUCCACAUUGAUCCCCCUGUGUGCUGAGCUGCUGCCAUGUAAUAACAUGAAUGUACAAAUAGCUCCACAGCGCUCUCUGUGAUUGUGUGCUGGUGCCUACCUCUUUACUGAGAGGCUUGAUUCUUCUUUAUCAGUAAAAAUGCAGCGACCUGCUGAACCUGAAUGUUAUUAAGCAUUGCUAUGUAAGAGACGUUAUUAUCUGUGUAAUAUAUUAUUUAUUGUAGAAGAAGAAAAAAGAAAGAAAAAGAGUCGGUCGCUGUAUAUCUCCCCUGAAAUAAUGUUUGUUCCCAAGGACAUUGAGAUAAGAAAAAAAAAAAAACAUGGUGAAAAGAUUAACAUGGGUUACCCGUCUUGUGUUGUAAUAGUGUUCUGAUUUAUUGCAAGUCUUUUGCACUGCAGAGAAUAUUAAUGGCUGUAGAUGCAUACAAGUGCACAGACUUGUCACAAUAUUUACUUCGAUGACUUUGCGUUUUUGGGCUCAAACCCCUUUGUGCUGCUAGUGUAUGCAACAUUCUUCAAAACCUACACUGAGUUUCUGUUGCCCACAGAAGCAGCAGUCUGUGUUUUUGCUUCACCAGACUGAUGCUUUCCUGAUCGGACACUUAAGCUUUUCUCCAUGUGCAGUGAGACCGUUCACACAUUUCACAUCAUCAAAUGGUGAUAUGAACAAACGUAAACGUUGGCUUCUGUUGGCAAUGUGGCUUACAAUGGAUUCUUGUCUUUGUGUAUUUAUGUCUUAAUAAAAAAGAUAAUAAAUCUGAGUGUUAUUCUGUUUUAUUAAUUAUAUAUAUAUAUAAUUAUUUUUACUCCAUUUUAAAUGGUUGGGCACUCUUUUUUAACUGUUCUUCAUGACCUAAGAGUGCAAAAAGUAUUCUGAGAUUUUCUUGACAGAUGUUCUUACUGCGGCUAAUGGCCUAAUUAAAGCACAGUGAGGAUGGAGCCUUUGCAGGCUACAAGCUGCCCCUUGUUAUUCAUGCUGCAGUCUUUUAAGUUUCUCCUGAAAACUAAGUUUUUAAAUCCAAGUUUGAGCUCCAUCAGACCGGUUUGAUUGAUUUAUACUACAGCUUUUUUUUUUUUUUAUCUUACUGUUCUUGUUGAUUUUAUGGACAUUUUAUUUGGUGAUUUUGUGUUUUGGAACUUUGUCGAUUUUUACUCUUUGUGAUGCACUUUGGUCAAAGUGAUUGUUUUUAAAUGUGCUACAUAAAUAAACUACAGAAAAAUUUGCUCCAAUAUUGUUAUUUCAAGGUUUUCUGUUUCAUUAAAUUCUCUCUUUA